GCCCGUCACACGUCGAGUGGAUCGGACGUCUGUCACGCCACCUCGCGCGAACAACCAACCAUGCGGUGAAGUGAAACUGUCAAACGUGAUCCCAUUCCGUAAACUGUGAACUCUUACCGCUUCACAAUAAACGCGUGGUGAUUUGUGUUAACGAAGUGGUGCCACUGAUUUCGAAAAUUGGAUUAUACAGACACAUAAUGGCCUUAGCUAGGUAUAAUCAGCAGAGCGCGCGCUCGCCUUGGCUAAAGCUCGGCUCGGGCAGCGAGUGCGGCGGCGCGGGCCCGGGGGGCGCGGCCGCUCCGCAGUCGGCGCGCGUCACGUCCAACGGCGCCGGCGGCAUGGCGGUGAGCCGCGUGCCCAGCCCGCUGCACGACGGCAACACGCCCGUCGCUGAGAACUGGUGCUUUACACAGGUGAAAGUGGUGAAGUUUAGCUAUAUGUGGACGAUAAACAAUUUUAGUUUUUGUAGGGAAGAAAUGGGUGAAGUGUUAAAAUCAUCGACUUUCUCGGCCGGUGCUAGUGACAAAUUAAAAUGGUGUCUUCGUGUAAAUCCAAAAGGACUCGACGAAGAGAGCAAAGACUACUUAUCAUUAUAUUUAUUGUUAGUGUCGUGUAACAAAUCUGAAGUGCGGGCAAAGUUCAAGUUCUCCAUUCUAAACGCGAAGCGAGAAGAAACCAAGGCGAUGGAGUCACAACGCGCGUACAGAUUUGUGCAAGGCAAAGAUUGGGGCUUCAAAAAGUUUAUUAGAAGAGAUUUCUUACUGGAUGAGGCGAAUGGUCUGCUGCCGGAGGAUAAGCUGACGAUAUUCUGUGAGGUGUCAGUGGUGGCGGACAGUAUCAACAUCAGCGGUCAGAGCAACGUGGUGCAGUUCAAAGUGCCCGAGUGCCGGCUCUCCGACGACCUCGGCGCUCUCUUCGACAACGAGAGAUUCUCUGACGUAACGCUCGCAGUCGGCGGCAGGGAGUUCCAAGCGCACAAAGCCAUAUUAGCAGCCCGAAGUCCUGUGUUCGCGGCCAUGUUUGAACACGAGAUGGAAGAGAGAAAAAGAAAUAGAGUGGACAUCACGGACGUGGACCACGAAGUGCUGCGCGAGAUGUUGCGCUUCAUAUACACAGAUCGAGCGCCCAAUUUAGACAAAAUGGCCGACGAUCUAUUAGCCGCAGCAGAUAAAUAUGCGCUGGACAGAUUAAAAGUAAUGUGCGAGGAAGCGCUGUGCCUCAGCCUGUCGGUGGAGACGGCGGCGGACACGCUCAUACUGGCCGACCUGCACUCCGCCGACCAGCUCAAAGCCCAGACCAUAGACUUUAUCAACACGAGUCACGCGACGGACGUGAUGGACACAGCGGGCUGGAAGAACAUGAUCUCCUCGCAUCCGCAUCUGAUCGCGGAGGCGUUCCGCGCGCUCGCCACCCAGCAGCAGCAGAUACCGCCCAUAGGCCCGCCGCGCAAGCGCGUCAAGCAGGCGUAGGCGCCGCGCGCACGCGCCUAACACAACACGCGUAGGCGCGACACCACACGUAAGCGCACGCGCAAUACCAAAGACCCUCGACUAUGCGGAUUGAAGGUACGAACAGUGAAGUGCUAGUGAAUUGAUCGCUGCAGGCUGCAGCUGCUGACACACACACAAAUAAUACAUCCUUGUCAAAUUAAUAUAUCUACUGUGUUAAAAAUACAUUAUGGGAGAAUAAUGAAAGAAAAGUUGUUAUUAAUUCCACUAAGACAAUAUCCAGAUUAAGUCGCUUUGAAUAUAUUUGUCACCCCCAUAUCUCAUAAUGUAUCUCUCUGUUUGUAAUAUCUUGUGCACGUAGUAUAUAUUGAUUUGGCAUUGAUGUUUUGUGUUUUAUAGCUUGUUUUGUGUCAGUUGUACAAUAUUUUACGGUAACACAAUGAUACAAGCAGGAUCACCAGCAGGUGAAGAGAAGAGCUAUGAAUGCAGUGUAAGCGGCUGAGGAGUGUGGGACUGCGACUGUCCGUAUGUUGUGAAUCCAGGAGGGAUUCAUCCCAUUCAUUUACUAUGAUUGAUCUCAAGGCGAUAUUCGAUCCUAAUAUUUUUUGUCGUUUUAUGGUACCGCUUUUAAAUAUUGUGUUAUGAAGCUGAACGCUUUUUGUGCGUUGUAGUUUUAGGCUCGGUUUAUAAUUAAUUAUAAUUUACGUAUGUCGUUUCUGUGAAUGUUCUCUUACGGUUAUUUUAAAUGUAAAUUAUUGAUAUCUAUAAUAGAAUGGAAUCCUCGUAUUAUAAACAGACGGUGUCAUGAAUCAUUUAAUACAGAAUGUAAUAAAAUUAUCAUCAAUUAUUGGCAAACAUUUUAUUAAAAAAAAUCUAGUUUGAUAUAAAUUAUAAUUCUUAUUGUGAGGACAGUUGAUAUUUAUCAGUCCUGUAUGUGUAUUGUGAGAGGUAGACCUGUUCAAGUAGCACAUUUGGUCAUAUGUGAAAGUAGCAUGGUUAUUGAAUGCAAUAAAUCUAUGUAAAGUUCUGUCACAUGGCUUAGUUGGAAAUGUCAUCGGACAAGGCUUAAAUGUUGGAAUAUGGCGUACUAAAGCUAACAACAUAGGCCCUGUAUACAGUCAGCAUCAGAUGUCAAGUCCAAAGUACCUACUUAGAAAUAAUAAAUUAAUAAUUAUUUUAUUAAUCACUGUUUUUCAGACUGUACAAAUAUAUUGUCUCCAUUUUAGUGGAAAUAUUGAUAUGAAAUUAAUUUUUAUUU